AAAUUCUGAUUUAAAGUCGGGUUUAACACCUGGUUUAAAACCAGGUUUAAAGCCCGGUUUAAAAUCUUGUCCCCCACCCCCGACCGCGCCUGGAAACGCUGAGUGACAGCAGUGACACAAAAACGCCACCGAGAUCGGCCACCCCGAUAAAGCCCGCGGGGCGAGGAGGGAGCCGUGCCAGCCUCUGGGAUGUCCGUGAGGAGCCCCGUCUCUCCGGAGCUGGAUGGAGCGGGCGCCAUGGUGAACUGCGCCGUCAAGACGGAGGAGAGGAAGGAGGGCGGCCCCGAGACCCCCCCGGGGGCUGCCCCUGGCACCGAGCCCCGGCCCCGCGACCCUCCGGGGCCACCGCCCCGCGAUGGCAGUGACCCCCAGGCCCUGCCGCAGGAAUCCCGCUCUCCCGCCGGGGACAUUCCCGAGCCCCGGCGCUCCGCCUUCGAGCCGGCCGGCGGCGGCCAGGAGAAGCUGGACUUCAACAGGAACCUCAAGGAAGUGAUGCCCACCAUCGAGAAGCUGCUGUCCAGCGACUGGAAGGAGCGACUGCUGGGCCGGAGCUCGGCUGAAUCCAAGGAAGUGAAAGGAACCCAGGAGAGCCUGGCGGAGAAGGAGCUGCAGCUGCUGGUGAUGAUCAACCAGCUGUCCACGCUGCGGGACCAGCUGCUGACGGCGCACUCGGAGCAGAAGAACAUGGCCACCAUGCUCUUCGAGAAGCAGCAGCAGCAGAUGGAGCUGGCCCGGCAGCAGCAGGAGCAGAUCGCCAAGCAGCAGCAGCAGCUCAUCCAGCAGCAGCACAAGAUCAACCUCCUCCAGCAGCAGAUCCAGCAGGUCAACAUGCCCUACGUGAUGAUCCCCGCCUUCACCCCCGGCCACCAGCCCCUCCCGGUCACCCCUGAGUCCCAGCUGGCGCUGCCCAUCCAGCCCAUCCCCUGCAAACCAGUGGAUUACCCGGUGCAGCUCCUGCACAGCCCCCCUCCUCCCACGCUGAAGAGACCCGCGGGCCCGGGACACCUCCAGAUGCAGGAGACCUCGCAGCCGCUGAACCUGACGGCCAAACCCAAAGGCUCCGAGCUCCCCAGUGCCUCCAGUUCUCCCAGUUUGAAGAUGGGCGGCUGCCAGUCCCUCACGCCGAGCCACGGGGCCGGCAGGGAGCUGCAGCCCAGCCCGUCCAACCUCCCUCUGGGAUUCCUGGGAGAGGGCGAUGCCAUCACCAAAGCCAUCCACGACGCGCGGCAGCUGCUGCACGGCCACGGCGCCGCCAUGGAGGGCUCGCUGGGCAGCCCCUACCGCAAGGAGCACGCCGGGAUCGAUUCCUCCCCUGGGAAGGAGCGGAUGGAGGAGCCCCCCGGACACCGGCUGGACGAGGCUCUGCUGACCUGCGAGAUGGACGGCUCCCGGCACUUCCCGGAGUCCAGGAACAACAACCACAUCAAGCGGCCCAUGAACGCCUUCAUGGUGUGGGCCAAGGACGAGCGCAGGAAGAUCCUGCAGGCGUUCCCGGACAUGCACAACUCCAGCAUCAGCAAGAUCCUGGGCUCCCGGUGGAAAUCCAUGUCCAACCAGGAGAAGCAGCCGUACUACGAGGAGCAGGCGCGGCUGAGCCGGCAGCACCUGGAGAAGUACCCGGAUUACAAAUACAAACCGCGGCCCAAGCGCACCUGCAUCGUGGAGGGCAAGCGGCUGCGCGUGGGCGAGUACAAGGCGCUGAUGAGGAACCGGCGCCAGGACGCCAGGCAGGGAUUCUUGAUAGGGCCGCAGGGCAGCCAGGUGCCCCCCAGCCCCUCGGACGUGCUGUACCCACGGCCGGUGGGCGUGCAGCUGCCCCCGCCCCUCCUGGAGCAUUACCUGCCCCGCGGCGUGGACCCCACCAUGCCCGUCAUCGUCAACACCCGCAGCCUCAAGGACGGGGACACCGGCGACGACGGACACUCGGUGGCCGAGGGGGACAUGUACCGCUACAGCGAGGACGAGGACUCGGAGGGCGAGGACAAGAGCGACGGCGAGCUGGUGGUGCUGACGGACUGAGGGGGUGGCGGGGCUGGCUGUCACCCCAGGAGGGCGCGGCGUGUCCUGGCGGGACACAGGAGGGCUGCCCGCCCGCAGAGGGGGUGCCACGAGGGUGACACCCGGGAUUUCGGGUGGCGAGGACUGGCUUGGCCUUGCUUUGGUGGCACAUGGAGCCGAGGUCACCGACCCUGGAGAUUUGGUGACACUUUGGUGACACUGGCACCCCUGAGGGGGAGACCUGAGGGUGUUGGGGUGCAGGGAACCUCCGGAGCGUCCCCCAGCCCUGCAGCACCUGUGGGUCCUGGAGAGCUUCACCUGCUGGGCACGGACUGGGGACACGGACUGGGGACACACAGUGGGGACACACGGUGGGGACACGGACUGGGGACACACGGUGGGGACACACGGUGGGGACACACGGGGUGGGACACGCCAGUCCCUCCUCUGUCCCGGUGUGACCUCCCCGCUCGCUCUUUGGCGCCUGCCAGCGAAUUCCCACGGAGCCAAUUUUAGCUCCAGCCUGGCCCCGGCUCCGGCCAAGGGCUCCUCAGGGCCCUUUGUGCUCCCGGCAGCUCUGGCCCACUUUGGGAACAAAGCCGGGGCUGUUCGUGCCCUGCCAGCCCCUGCCCGGGGGGGACGUGUCCGGCUGUCCCUGGGCACCUGAGCCCUGCAGGGUGGGAGAGAGGGAGGAAUAACGGCUGUGAGGGGAAAAAGGAAUUAUUGGAAAAAAUAACCUUGGUCUGGUCAGAGCCCAUUCCGGGGGGGGUGUCGGGUGUGGUGUGGCUGUGAGUUCAGGGUGUCCAGGUGAGCGUUCGGGGUGUCCAGGUGAGAGUUCGGGGUGUCCAGGUGAGCGUUUGGGGUGUCCAGGUGAGAGUUCGGGGUGUCCAGGUGAGCGUUCGGGGUGUCCAGGUGAGAGUUUGGGGUGUCCAGGUGAGCGUUCGGGGUGUCCAGGUGAGCGUUUGGGGUGUCCAGGUGUGUUCGUGCAGUGUGCAAGUGUGAACAUGCAGUGUCCAGGUGUGUGUGUGCAGUGUCCAGGGGUGUGCACAGCUCAGGUGUGCAUGUGGAAUGUCCCAGGUGUGCACAGACAGCGCCCAGAUGUGCGUGCAGUGUCCAGCUGUG